UUUGGUGAGGCCAGAGAUCAGUCAGCAUACUAUUAUGUAAUGUAAUUUCUAAAACAUUUAUUAUCUAGAGUAAGAAAAUGUAACAAAAGUGAAAGCUUUGCAUUAUUUUCUCGUCUAGAGUCUGAUGCAUAAACAUUCGCGAAAAUGCUGAUUCUACUGUAAAGUUUCUCGGUCAGUGUGGAUUAUUUAGCAAUAGCUUUGAAACAGGAGAUCAACAUUUCCAUAUUGUUUUUAAACAGAUGAUACUUCUAAACGGUCACUGAUAAAUGCUAUUAAAGUCUCAAGUUUGUUAAAAUAAUAUCAUACAAAAAUGCCCACUUUGUUAUUACCACGUCCAUCUUUAUUUCGAAAUGUUUGAAAUUCUAGGUAAAAUAGGGUAAGAGCUAUUUAGCUUUUAGACAGGGCAAGUUUGGGGCACACCCACUUUAGAGUGUUGUAAUAAACAAGGUGCCUAAUAUUCCAAAAAAAUAUAAAUACGUGAAUGUUUUACGUAUUGGAAGCUAACUUUAUUAAGAUUUUUUUUUAUUUUGGUACUGCCCGAUUGAUACGGGUAUUUGCAAAAAAAAAUUGUUAAAAUACAAAUUAUUUUUAAAAUAAGCAUACUGCUCCACUAACUGUCCAACAAAGUAUAUAAAGUAAAUAUACUUUAUAUACAAUUAAUUAUUGUAAAUAACAAGGCCAUGCCCUUCUGUCUUAACAGGAAAAUUACUUAUGCAGUUUUCUUUAUUGUUUUUCAAUAGUAUCCGUUGAAUAUAAAUAUAAUUUUCAUUUCCAGAUUAAUUUAAAGUUAAAUAUAACAGGUAAAUAAAUGAGUACGAAGUGCGUGAGCACUCAAGUGUUUGAUUGUAGAAGACCUAAAACUCUAUUACACUUCGAGCCUCCAUUUUGGCUUGGUGAUUGCUUUUUUUAUACUGUAACUACAGGAUACGUUAAUGCAGUUUUAUUAACGACGCGUUUAUGAACAAUCUUUUUUUUUCCUCAUAAAAAUUUAUUGAGGGACAUCAAAGAAUGCACCACCACUUGCCGAAAAUAAUCGCUGUUGUGGCCAUGUGUUCAAGCUCCGUUUUCCACCUCCUUAAGUUUUUAAAACUCCGUUUUAUGAGGGAUGCCCCCAGUCGUGGUUUAUUUAAAACUGGUGGUUACCAAAGUUUCAGUGAGAAACUUCAAGCUAAAUCCUACUGAACCACAAAACAAUUUUAGUUUUAUUUGUGUUUAACAUUGUCCGUCUCUUACAGCAAUUAGUUAAAAAAUAUAAAGUAAUAAAACCAUCAGCGACUUACGUAGAUAAUGGACUGUUAAUUAUAAUAACAAUGGGGAAAGGAUGCGCAAAACCCAGAUAAAGCAAAUCGAGACGGCUAUAUGCUCGACAAAGAUGAAUUACAGAGACAAAUAGUCCCCAAUAACAUAAAAAUAUUUCGUUCUAAGCCAAAUAUCUUCUCUCAGCAGAAAAAUACAUGUUAGGGCAAUAUAAUAUCUAUCUCUAUAGUAUGUAAGGUUACCUAAUGAAACAUCUGAUUUAAGCAGCCUAGUGGAAUCCUGAAGCGAUUUGGUAUUGCAAGACAACCCGCGCAUUGAUCUGCUGUGAGCUUUUUUUCCAGGGGGUAAAUGUAGUCACGUGUUUCGUAGUCAUCCAAUCGCAGCCGGGGAAGCUUUCAGAAAUAAUUACCUGGCUUGAUUGUUCUAUGGGCAGAUAAAAAAAGUACACAUGCACUCCAUAUAAUAAUCGGAUGCAUGUAAAAGAGACGGAAACAGCGCCAUGUCGACUACGGGUCCCAUAAGUAAUUAUUAUGUGGAUUCCUUGAUCAACCAUGAGAGCGAGGAUGUUCUGGCGUCUCGUUUCCCGACUACUGCUCCGAUAUCCUCCGGCUCACGCCCGACUCCUCUCGUGCCGGAGUGCGUGGAUUAUCCGUCGUGCAGUUUUGCCCCGAAACCACCAGUUUUCACUACCUCUUGGGCCCCUGGUCAUUCACAGUCGUCGGUGGUUUACCACCCGUACACACACCAACCUCACUUAGGAACAGACUCGAGGUAUGUCCGCUCGUGGCUAGAGCCUAUUCCUGGUACUGUGUCCUUUCCAGGCUAUGCAGCUAACAGCAGGCACUACGCGCUAAAGCCUGAUGCCUUUCAGGAUCCCCGAACUACAGACUGUUUAGCUUCAAACGGACGCACCUAUUCGGAUUAUGUCUACUGUUCUACGGUCGACAUCAGGGAUAAGCAACAGAAUGCAUCUUCCCCCGAGUCUGAGAUCGUUUCUUCCGGAAAGCACAAAGAGGAGAAGGCUGAACUGGACCCAAAUAAUCCCGUGGCCAACUGGAUCCACGCGCGCUCCACAAGAAAGAAGCGAUGCCCUUAUACAAAAUAUCAAACACUUGAACUCGAAAAGGAAUUUUUAUUCAAUAUGUAUCUAACAAGAGACCGGCGAUACGAGGUGGCCAGAGUGCUUAACCUGACGGAACGACAGGUCAAAAUCUGGUUCCAGAACCGACGAAUGAAGAUGAAGAAAAUGAACAAGGAAAAGAGCGACAACAAAGAAUAAAUUGUCAACACUUUUACUCAAUACAGACUGAAGGAAAGUUUAGAAAUUUGUCUUAAGUCUUAACAAUUAUGAGCUUCCUUGUCACAGGAACAGAAAACACCAAGACACAAUGAUAGUGUUCUUGAUACGUAGUAAUUAUGAUUUCGUGUGAUUGCAAUUUUACCAACCUUUGUUGUAUUAACACUAUAAAUAAUUGCACAGCUCAGUUUAUUAGGAUUUAGAUUACGUUUCUUCAUUUUACAUUCUUUCAGAGCUGCCCCAGGCAUAGAAGCAAGACAAUACUUGAACACCUCAACUUAUAAACUUCCUAAUUUAUAAUGUUUACCUGAAUGUUUCUCCGAUGUGUGUUUUGUUUUUGUUUUUGUUUUGUUUUAUUUUGUAAAAGAUGUAGAACUUCAAUAUUUUGUAACGAGUAACAUAGUUUAAAACAUUUGUCAGUGUUCUGCUGUUUUUAAUGUAAAUGUUUGUGCAUUUUCAUUCAUUAUUUUUCAUAAAAUUGUAAAAAAAAAAACAAAAAAACAACAGUAUGUAUUGUAGAUUCUUAAAUAUACUCUACUGCCAUCUUAUUAUUAGCGUAACUGAUUUUUGUCACAUUUUCUGACUAUGGGUGUUAUAAAAACGAACACAUUUGGAGACAUUUGAAGCUGGUUGCAGGGUUGCUUGGCCUACACGUAGCAAUGUCCUCAUCUGGAAAGAAUCGAGGUUGGGCUCACUGGGAAAGUCAUGCA